AUGCAAGCUGAUAUUGAAAAAUUUGUCAAGUGCUGCAAACAUUGCGCGGAGACUGCACCAAAUCCUAUCAAGGAACCACUUCACCCGUGGCCCGAAUUCAAAUCGUCGUGGGACCGAAUUCACAUGGAUUUUGCUGGCCCAAUCCAAGGACAUUGGUUCCUUGUUAUCGUUGAUAGCUAUUCUAGAUUCGUAGAUGCCGAAUGGUUUUCAACAAUUACCGCAACUGCUACUUGUAAAUAUCUACGCCGACUAUUCUUCAAGUAUGGUCCACCCAAAGUGGUUGUAUCUGAUAAUGGCACGCAAUUCACGGCAAUUGAGUUCGCUCAACUCUGCACAGAGUUCAAUAUAAUACAUUUACGCAGUCCAGGACACCCUCAGUCAAAUGGGUUAGCGGAGCGAAUGGUAAAUACUUUAAAGCGUUCUUUGGAGUUACAGGUUCUAUCAAAAAGGGAGACAAAGAUGAACCAAAUCUUGUACACGUAUAAUUAUACACCAUGCGAAGCAGUUCCUGGCGGUAAAUCCCCAGCUGAGAUUUUUUUUGGACGCAAGUUUAGAACUCCUUUGGACAUUUUCACCGUUACAGAAAAGCCUAGACCAAUUUUGUCUCAUUCGCAGAGGAAAAUGAAGAAACAUUUUGAUACCCAUCACGGUGCAAAGACUCGCCGUUUUUUUCCGGGACAGCAGGUGCUGGUUCAACUCUCCAACGGUCGCCGAGUUCCAGGGAAGAUAGUCAACAUUAUUGGAUCGACGAUUGCUCGUAUCAAGGUUGACAAUGGCCUUAUAAAGCGGCACUUUAAUCAAAUCUGGAAUCGAACGGUUUCCCCUUCCGAGAGGACUGAUGGUGACGCCGAGGACCUACUACCAACGAUGCAAAAUCCAACAGCGGAUCCCCCUCCUUGUCAACUUCCGUUUGAGGGGGCUAAUUUCGCCAGCAAUGUAGACCCUCCAGCCCAGGCCAGGGAGGAACCAACAGUUCGGCGUUCAAAUCGUCUAGCAGGAGACGCUCGCCCGGAUUAUCGGAAGUUAGCUGGGUUCCGCCCCUAUGACAAGCACUCCGCUUAG